AUAUCCCUAGCUAAGGUUUGACGUUGUCAUUAACCAUGGCUUUCAAAAGUUUGAACCUCAUCUUUGCUCUCGCUCUAGUGUUUGCAAUGUCAGCGUCAUUAGCCACAUCUCGAACAUUACCUGAUUCAUCAAUGGUGGAGAGGCACGAUCAGUGGAUGGUUCAAUAUGGACGUGUUUACAAAGAUGAGGUGGAGAAAUCAAAACGAUACAAGAUAUUCAAAGAGAACGUAGAAUACAUUGAUGCUUUCAAUAAGGCUGGUACCAAGUCUUACAAGCUUGGCAUCAAUGCAUUUGCUGAUUUAACAAACAAGGAAUUCGAAGCGUCUCGGAAUGGAUACAAAUUGCCUCACGAGUGUUCCUCCAAUACAUUGUUUAGAUAUGAAAAUAUGAGUGCAGUUCCAUCUACUGUUGAUUGGAGAAAGAAGGGGGCCGUUACUCCUGUUAAGGAUCAAGGCCAAUGUGGAUGUUGCUGGGCAUUUUCUGCUGUGGCCGCCAUGGAAGGAAUCACCCAACUCUCAACCGGUAAGCUGAUCUCAUUGUCUGAGCAAGAGCUUGUAGAUUGCGACGUAAAGGGCGAAGAUCAAGGCUGCGAAGGAGGCCUAAUGGACGAUGCUUUCCAGUUCAUAAUAAACAACAAAGGCCUCACAACUGAAUCCAACUACCCAUACCAAGGAACCGACGGCUCCUGCAAGAAAAGCAAAUCAUCCAACAGCGCAGCAAAGAUCAGCGGCUACGAAGACGUCCCCGCUAACAGCGAGUCCGCCUUGGAAAAGGCCGUGGCCAAUCAGCCCGUAUCGGUCGCCAUUGACGCCAGCGGAAUGGAUUUCCAGUUCUACUCUAGCGGGGUGUUCACCGGAUCAUGCGAUACGCAGUUAGAUCACGGCGUGACGGCCGUGGGGUACGGAAAAGCUGAUGAUGGGACUAAGUAUUGGUUGGUGAAGAACUCGUGGGGAACAAGCUGGGGUGAGAAUGGUUACAUUAGAAUGCAGAAAGACAUUGAAGCUAAGGAAGGGCUUUGCGGUAUUGCCAUGCAAGCAUCUUAUCCAACUGCAACUGCUUGAUUAAAUACAUAUAUACAUACAUAUAUUUCAUGAGGCUUUAAUUUGUAUCACUCAUCCUAAAUCGCCUCUGUAAUCUAUCUAAUAACUUGUGUAUUUUCAUGUUUUCUUGAUUAUUGGUGUGUAUGUUUAAAUGCAAACUGUACUGAAUGAAAGCUUUAUUGUAAAUAUGAUUUGGAAUUUGUACAAA